AUGUCCAAGCCACACACACCUUCUCUUGUCGCAGACCGUUGCAACCAUUUCUCUCCUCUAUCUCUUGCUUCUCUCCACGCACCCUCCUACUUUGCCAUCGCCGUUCUUCCCCCCGUCGGCCUCAAGAACAGAAACCAGCCUGCUCACUACCACCUCCCUUCACACAACAUCCCCAAUUUCAUCCACCAUCAUCCCUACCCCAUCGCCCCACCACCCUUCGACCCCCGUCUCACCCUCGACCCUGCUGACCUGCAUCCCAGCACUCAUCCCUGCGGGCAUGGCGUUCACAAGUAUAACACAAAGCCCAAUGCGGCCCUCCGCAAGCAGCUCGUCGCCGAGCUCGAUAUGACUCCUCGUGGUGUCCAGGUGCGUCCCUCCCCAUCUCGUCCCCUUGGCGUCCCAUCCGCCGAUCAACAAUCCGACGUGUCACGCCCUCCAUUCUUCAAUGCGACAAGUGAGUCCGCCUGCCACAUUCCCGUGGAUCUCACUGAUGACAUGCUUCUCGUGUGUGUGUGUCGCAGCGUGAACGGAUCGACGAUGGAGAUCGCGCUCAGCUCGAUGCGCUGCUCGAUCGUGUGCGACGUCUCCACCGGCUCGACCGCAUCUUCCAUCGAUCCUAGCAGUGGCGCUGGAAUCCCGCAGGCCGCGCAGCGCCUCUCAGUCGACUCGGCGCGGCCUUCGUCAAUCCUCUCCAGCGGCUCCUCGCUCCGGCCCCCGUCCACCAUCUCGGGCAUCUCUGUCGACUCGACGCAGUGCUCCGCACGCUCGUCGAGUAGCUCGGUCGUCUCCCAUGACCGCAGGAAGGAGUGCGAAGAGAAGGAGGAGGGCAAGAAGACGAGCCGCGAGAGCAGGCGGUCGUCCGAGUCCCACCGGCACAUGCCCAUCUCUGAAUUCUUUCCCGAGAUGCAGGUCAGCGCGCAGAGGCAGUCGACGGGCUCGCCGUCCCCCCCGGGCUCGUUCGUGGACCAUCCAAUGGUGCGCAUCGAGGAGGCGACAGCGGACGGGCACUCUCUGCCCACGGACAACGAGAAAGUCGACGACUGUUGGGCGGGCGAGAGCGCGUCCUGUUUCGGAGCAGACGUUGCUUGA